GAGUCCGAAAUGACUGGAGGGGACAAAUCCUGACGACCGUGCCGGUAUUACGCAGCAGCAGCAGCCGUCGGACAGGUGGCUGUCAUCAUCAGGAAACGCGCAGAGGACGAGAUCGAGAUGUUUGACAAAAAAUAUAGCUGAGCGCAGAGAGAGGAGAGGUGAAUCCAAAGUGACUUCUCAGGUGGCUGCAGACCAAACACAAGUAGACAGACAUCGGGUGUGUCCGUGCGUCUCUUACAGCAUCCGACAAGAAGAAAUAGAGAGAAAGAGACAGAGAGGAGAGAGAGCAGCACCAGCAGUCUGACAAAGCUGCGCUCCUUCCAAGUUUGACAUCUCCAGCGGGAUACAGGAGUUCUGCUCCGCCGCUGCCAUGGCGCCUCGGAAGCGCACUGGAUCUGUAUUAGUUGGAGUUUACCUGUGGGCGACAUUCUGCUGCCAAGGAUGUCUUGGUGGUAUCCACCAGAGGAAGCUGUACAGUGACCUGAUGGUGAACUACAAUCGACUUGAGAGACCCGUCCUAAACGACUCGGCACCGAUUGUGGUGGAUCUCGGCCUCACAUUGCUGCAGAUCAUCGAUGUGGAUGAAAAGAACCAAGUGUUGAUCACGAAUGCCUGGCUGCAGCUGUAUUGGACAGAUAUUUACCUCGCAUGGAACCCAGAGAGCUACCCAGGGGUUCAGAGCAUCCGCUUCCCCUCCAAUAUGGUUUGGGUCCCAGAUAUCCUGCUCUACAACAGUGCGGAUGAGAGAUUUGAUGCUACAUUCCAUACAAAUGUGCUGGUCAAUGCUUCAGGAUCCUGCCAGUACAUCCCACCAGGUAUCCUGAAAAGUACCUGCUACAUUGAUGUACGAUGGUUCCCAUUCGAUGUGCAGAAGUGUGACCUAAAAUUUGGCUCCUGGACCCACAACGGCUGGCUGCUGGAUCUGCAGAUGAUGGAUGUGGACAUCUCUACCUACAUACCCAACGGAGAGUGGGACCUUGUAGGAGUGCCAGCAAAGCGAAAUGAGCUGUACUACGACUGUUGUAAGGAGCCCUACCCCGAUGUGACGUUCACGGUCACGAUGCGCCGCAGGACUCUGUACUACGGCCUCAACCUGCUCAUCCCAUGUGUGCUCAUCUCUGGUCUGGCCUUGCUGGUCUUCCUGCUUCCUGCUGACUCUGGAGAAAAGAUCUCACUGGGCAUAACAGUGCUGCUGUCUCUGACAGUGUUCAUGUUACUCGUAGCAGAGAUCAUGCCUGCCACUUCAGACUCUGUUCCUCUGAUUGCUCAGUACUUCGCCAGCACCAUGAUGAUUGUGGGUUUGUCUGUGGUUGUAACCGUGUUGGUUCUACAGUUCCACCACCACGACCCCCAUGGAGGGAAGAUGCCUAAAUGGGUCCGAGUCAUUCUCCUCAACUGGUGUGCUUGGUUCCUCCGCAUGAAGAAGCCUGGAGAGGAGAGACGAACAGUCGUGAACUCAAGUAGUCCCUUGACCUACAAGUAUCCCCAUUCUCCUCCUCACCACACCAGCACCAGUAGCAUUCAGAUGAACACCAUACCAGGGCAGGCAUCCACCCAGUCAACCACCACCAACGGGAGCAUGAACCUGUACUUUGGCUACCAUUCAAUGGGCACAGACAACCCAGCUUUUCCACCAAGCACUGAUUCAGGUGUAGUGGUGUGUGGCGGUGGAGGAGUUGGGGGCAACCACCUUAAUGGCUCCUCCCAGCAUGAUAUUAUCUCGGAUCAGACACGGACUUUGCUGUUGGAGCAGGUUCCGGAAAUUUCUCGGAUCCUGGAGGAGGUGCAGUACAUUGCGGGCCGCUUCCGGGAACAGGACGAGGGGGAGGCAAUCUGCAGUGAGUGGAAGUUCGCAGCGGCGGUCGUGGAUCGGUUAUGUCUGGUGGCCUUCUCGCUUUUCUCCAUCAUCUGCACCUUCACCAUCCUCAUGUCGGCGCCUAAUUUCAUUGAGGCGGUGUCCAAAGACUUCACAUAAGGCUGAUCUCUACCCUCUCUGAGGCAGAAGAGAGGCAAAGCUAAUAGUAAAAAUUCUGACACGAUUAGAUCUGUGCCACACAAGCAUCCCUACUACAACUAGGAUGACUUUAAAAUCGUUGUUCCUGUACAUCAGUACCAAUCAUUUCCCUCUAUCCAUUAUGUAUGUGUCAGUAGUAAAUGGUUUGGGUGAUGUGGUUUUUCCCUGUCAAGGUGGCUCCCCCAGCUCACACCAUAUGUACAGUGUGCCAUGUAGCGGGUUGAGACUACAUACAGUAGUUAACGAAGUAGAAACUCACACUAAUGCACUUUUUAUCUGUAUCCCAGCUGCACCACAUCAUUUACUUGCCACCGCUUUGGCUUCCCAUCUCAUCAGAAAAUCCGCACUCUUUCCCUUCCAGCUCUUUCUUUUCAUCUAUUCCUCUUACUAUUUCCAGGGUCUGUCACCUCUGUAUAUCUUCUAGAAAUGUCUCAAGUAAAUGCUUUCAGCAGUUACAUAGAGUACAGUCAAUAAUCAGUGUUUUUUCAGGCCAGUAUGCUUUUUUUCUAUUUUUAAAUAAACAUAUGUUUUAGAGUAAUCUGAUUAAGCUGAAAUGUAAUCUUGACAAGCUCACUCACAGCACUGUAUGGCUCCCUUCUCUUUUAACUAGGGCUCCAGUAACUGAUUAUUUUCAGAUAUUAUUUGAGAAGAUGAUGCUAAUAUUUUUCUUGAUUAUUCUAUAUUAUAUAGUAUACAAAAUGCCAGAAAUUAAUGGAAAAGUUCUGUUAUGAUUUCCCAGAGCCAAGAGAUAGUUUCACUUCACCAGCAGUCCAAAACACUAAUACAGUCUGUUUUCUCUCAUACAUAUAACAACAAAAACAAGCCAUCCAUUACUUUAUCCUAUUAUCUCUACCAUGUCACUCUCUUUUUAACAUACUCCAAUCAGUCACAACAUUAAAACCACUGAUGGGUAAAGUGAGUAACAUUGAUCAUCUUGUUACAGUGGAAUGUUCUGUCAGGAAACCUUGGGUCAGGGUUAUUACUUUGACACCUACCGCCCAUUAAAACAUUGUUGCAGACCAAUCACAUCCCAUCAUGGUCAUAGCAUCCCCUGAUUAUAGUGAAGUGCCCCAGCUGGACAAUGCACCCUGCUGCACUGCAGAAACUUCCAGAAACAUGACACAAGAACCCAAGGUGCUGACCUGGCCUCCAAACUUCCCAAACCAGCAUCUGCAAGAUGUGUCAGAACAAACCAGAUCCAUGGAGGUCCAACACUACAACCCUCAGGACCUAAAAGGAUCCAUUGCCAACCCACUGAUAUUGGACACCUCACCCCUCGAGUUCCCAUGUCCAUGCCCCAGUGGGUUAUAAAUGUUUAGGUGGGAAAAUGGAGACCUACACAUUAGUGUGCAUGUGGUUUUAAUGUUGCAUCUCACUGGUGUACUCAUAUUAUUCUUGCCUUUCCUCAUUUGUUGAGCUUCCUUUUCUUACAACCAUCUUUUCAUUCCCUCUUUGCACAGUUCAAACACAAGUUCCACAGUCAUAACUGUGGCUAAGAAGUCCAUCAGUAUCAGUAAAAGUCAUACUUAAAUGUGACAUUUCUGCUUUUUGCUCUUUCCAAGCCAUGUUAUUAAACUGCGAAGUAAUUCCACAAGGGAUCGACAGCAUUUCUCUUUGCCUCAAUCCCUUAUGUGAAUACAGUACAUUGAGUGUUGUUAGCAUAUCAUACAUUUUUUUUCCAAAUAACUUACUUUCAUUUACAAUGGAUUUAUUUUUUGAUGUGAUUUGGUGUUAUAUUACUUGUGUGCUAGCUACAGAAUGUGUUGCCGUACUCUAAGAACAAUGAAGAAAGAUGAUCACAGCAAGAAAUGAUUAAAUGACAGUAUUUUUAAAUGUAUUUUGAGGGGACAUCACCCCAGUGGAGAUGCAUUUGGCACUAAUCUUUUUGUAGCGCAGAGUGCUUUGUGUUUAUUUUUUUUUUUACUCUCUAAUACUCAGUGAAAGGCAAAUACUUUUCCUUCUAUAAUCUCUUGCAACAACACGCAACAAGGAUUACUGGGUGACCUUAUGUAACAGACUUGUGCUAAAUCUCAUCUCUUCUCACCAACUGAGCAUCCUCUCUGAUCUGGGCACGCCGACAGCCACCCAUCCUGAGUGUGGUUCUGUUAAAAGGGAGUUUUUCCUCCCCAAUGUCGACAAGUGCUUGAUGGGGGAACUAUUGAGUUUCUCUCUAUAACACUGAACGGCUUUGACCUUACUAUGUGAAGUUCCUACUGUUACACAUGCUACUCUACUCAUGGAGUUCUCUGACAGCACUUGGCCAUUUUCAGUGGAGCUUUAAGAGAAACUCAGGAAGAAUGAAAGCAAGAGCAUACAGUACAUUGCUUGACUACUCCCGAAAUAGCAACUGAAAUGGAAUUCAUGCUGUUACAGUGAAUCAAUGGGCCAAGUUCAGACAAAUAACUGCCACCCGUUGGCUGCCUAUCAUUACAUUUCUACAUUGUAAACCAUCUGGCCAAUCCACUAAUAAUGGAAACACAGCAAAAGGUGAAGCCUGUAUUGUCUGAAACACAUGCAAGUUCUUUGCACUGUUGAUUUCAACAUUCAGUACCCAUUACCGUGUUUUAAGUUGAAGCUAGUACAUCUGGCUUAAAGGUUACAAAUGUACUUAGUUGUUUUGUUUCAUAACAAAAAAAAAAUUCCUAAAAUAGCAUUAGAGAUGCUAGUAUUGUAAUUUUAAGGGAUUAAUUAGCCUAUCUCACAUCUGUGUUGUGGAUAUGAAGCCACAGUCUGUAGCUUGUAGUCUAAAAGCAACAAGCCAAUAUGGCAUUCAUCACUCCUCGAACUACCAUUCUGCUACAGGCAGAGUGAGACUAGUGGUGUACAUCUAUUGCCAAUCUUUAUGCUAAACUAAGCUGACUGGCUUCUGACUGUUGCUUCAUACUAAACGAACAGAUAAGAGAGAGAUAAGAAUGGUCUAACUCUCGUCAAGAAAUUAGACUACCCAGAUUCUCCACAAAGUUUGUUAUUGCACUUUGUGUUUGGAUAUUGUAAGUUGGACUGGUUGAAACACAAAGGUAAGCAUUACUGCAAUGAGAACAUGUUUUUUUUUGGUUUAUGACAGAGCAUAUGUGGGUAAAAAUACAUGUGGAGAAGGGGGAAGACGGGUCUUGACUGCUGUAAGUAUGUCGCGUAAUAAAUCUAGGGAUAAUGGAAAACCUUGACCAUUGACUCAUCUUGGAGAUUUGAACAGAGAUGCAAUGACUCAUAUUAGAUAUUGAAUGAGGAGUGUCUUCUAUGUGCAUUUGAUGGACUGACAACUAAAGACAGCCAAUUAUAUAGAUUCUUUGUGAGACAAGCUGACCGAUUUCUACUGUUGCUCACUCAUGUUGUUCAUGUUAUUCAGCACGUUUUUAAUGCGAGAAGCAUCUAUGACAGUGAAAGUGUUCAAAAUGUGAAUAGCGAGUUAGAUGUUUUAAAGUAAAAGACAUUGUGUAAUUCACAAGACAGUAUGCUGAAGCUGAAACCACACAAUUGGCUCCAAUAGCAGUAUUGCAAAGGUGAAAUUAAGUACACUUAAAAUGAGGGUGUGACCGUUUACGUUUUGCCAUGCUAUUUUUUUUUCUUUUAAAUCAGUGUAUUUUGAUCAAUUUGAGUGUCUUUUUCUUUGUCUUCUGUGCCUCUCUGCUCAGUAUGAUUCAUUCUCCUUUGAAUAAUGUACAUAAAUGCUCACUGUACAUGACUAUUUUGAAAAAAAUAAAAUAAAUGAGAAACACAA